AUGAACGGCACCAGAGAGGAUCAAGGACACCACGACGCAAACGCAGCUCCCACCGAGGCCGAGGUGCAGGCAGUUGUGCAGAGCAUCAGAGACGCAUCCGGUGCCACAAGUGUAGCGACUACGUCAUCGCCGUCGCCAGGACUACACAGACCCCAGGACCCGACCCCUUCACAACCACCACAGCCAGGCGAGUUCGACGCCGGCGAAUACUGGGACCUGGCAAGCAUGGCGCCGUUGAAUCAAGUGUCACGGGCCGCCAUCGCCCGCCUCCGCGCCUACAAGCCGCCGCCCUUCCCCUUGUGGGACAAGCUGCCCCUCAGCCGGAGGGCGGCGGUGCUCAUUCUUCUGUAUGCGGACCGCCAGGGUGACCUGCGCGUCGUGCUCACCAUGCGGGCGGCGAGCCUGAGGAGCUUUUCUGGCCAUGCAGCCUUCCCUGGUGGCAAGGCAGAUACCUUGGAAGAGACCCCGUACCAGAUAGCCCGGCGCGAGGCCUGGGAGGAGAUCGGCCUCCCCAUCGACGACAAUAAGAUCCCAAGGCCCUUCCGGAUCGAGCACCUGUGCUGUCUCCCCCACAGCCUGGCCAAGACGGAGCUGGCGGUGCGUCCCUGCGUGGCACUGUUGCACUCGGGCGACGACGACGAGGCCGACGAGCCCAACCGGGCCAGGCCGCCGUCCCCGACCGUCGACGAAAGCCUCAUGCCGCGUUUGGAUGCCAAGGAGGUGGCGGCUGUCUUCUCGGGCCCACUGCACAACUUCCUGCUGGGCGAGGACGAGGUGCUGCCCGGCGACGGCGAGGCGCGGAGGCGGGCGCUCCUUCCAAAAGGGAAAUGGUACGAAGGCCGGUGGGCCGAGUUUCACGAAGCGCCGUGGCGCGUGCACUACUUCUACGUGCCUGUCAACCACCAGCGCGUGACCAAGCCCAGGGUGCGCGAGGGCGGGCUGGCGGCCAUCGCUGAGCAGCUUGAGGACGAGGACGAGGACGCAGGGCGUUACAUGGUGUGGGGGAUGACCGGUCGGAUGCUGGUGGACGCCGCACGGGUCGCGUACGCGCGAGAGCCCGAGUUCGAGCACAAUAAGCAUUUUGGCGACGAGGCCAUCAUUGAGCGGCUGUCCGCCUCGGGCAGGCUCACGGAGAAGAAGAGGCCUGCCCAAGUGGACCUUGCACAGCACGAGGCAAAAAAGGCCAAGGACGGGGGCAGGAUGUGA